AGCUGCUUUGAGGAGAGGUUAAAAUUUUAAUUCCACCGUUUUGUACGAAAGUGUUUUUGUGUAAUAAAAGUAAUAUAAAGAUAUAAAUAAAAAUGGCUGAACAAGUAAAUCAACGUAUUGAGAAUAUGAUAAAUGAGUUGGAGCAAAUGAGAAGAACAAACUUAUAUACAGAUGAAGAGAUAAAAGAAAUAUCCCAAAAACGAAAAGAGUUUGAAUAUCACAUACAAAGGAGAGUCAAACAAAAAGAAGAUUAUGUUCAAUACAUCGCUUAUGAACUUGCCUUACUUGAGGAUAUAACAACGCGUAGAAAAAAAAUACAACUAACAGAGAAGAAAAAGGAUUUGGAGUAUGCCAUUGCUCAACGUUUGAACCAACUUUUCAAGCGCUUUAUUUAUAAGUUCCAAAAUGAAAUUGAAAUAUAUUUUGAGUAUAUAAAAUUCUGUAAGGGUGUGGGGUUUCAACAGGCUAUCUCAGGUAUCAUCGGACAAAUGUUGCAGAUACAUGGUGAUAAACCUCAAAUGUGGUUGAUGGCGAGCAAAUGGGAGAGUUUAGAACAGAACAAUCUAGAAAAUGCAAAGGCCUUUCUUUUAAAGGGAAUUCAAAGAAACCCUGAUGCUGAGCCAUUGUACCUUGAAUUGUUCAACAUUGAGCUAAUUGAUUUGUGCUUUAAGGCGGAGACUGACGAAGAAAAGGAGAAACUGCAAAAGAAGGCUGAUAUAAUCUGGAGAAACGGAGCAAAGAAUAUCCAAAAUGUGAAGUUUCUAUUCAAAUUGUAUGACUUGUGUACCAAGUAUGAAUAUACCGGUUUAUUAGUGGACGAUAUAAAACUUGAAAUAUGGUUAAAUCGUAAUAACCAAGAAGUUUGGCCUUAUCUUGCAUCGAAGGAACUGGAAGGUUUUCAUUGGAAGGAAAUAGAGGAAUUUGCUGAUGAUGAACACAAUUUUCCUAAAGUUGUUGGUUAUGUCAUAGGUAUUUACGAAGAAGCACUGCAAUUGUUUAUGGACGAAAAUUUAUGCACACGUUUCAUCCAUGAUUUGCUUGGUAUGAGUGAAGAUAUAUGUUCCGAUCAACAAAAAAUCAAAGCUGUAAAACAUGCCUGGAUGUACGGUCAUGACAAUGGUCUUCUCAGCAAUGAUAUGUAUGUAUUUGGCAUUGAAAUGUUGAAACUGGAGAAUGAGACAACUACUGAUGAACUAUUAGAGAUUUUAAAUGCAGCAAUAAAGAGAAAUCCCAAACUAAAGAGUGUCUGGGAACAGUUGUUACUUCAUAAAAAAGAUGAUGAGAAACAACUUUUAGUAAUACUACAAAAUGCAACAAAGUCUUUGAAUACUGGUGAUGCCUUGCAGUUGUAUAAUAUUCUAUUAGAUAACAUUGAAUCUGGGCCUAUGAUCAAAACCCUAUACAAGAAGUUUCAAAAUUGUGACAAUGCAAUUCUUCUUGCUGUUAAACCAAAACUUUUACAGAAAAUGUACGAACAUAAUGGCCUGAAAGCUGCUAGGGAAUUGUAUGAAGAUUUUAUUAGGACACCACCAACACAAAUUGAACUUCAUAAAAUAAUGAUCAAUAUCGAAAAAUCGCAAGAAAAGCUAAAUUUGAAAGCAAUUAGAAAAUGUUAUGAGUGUGCUGUGCAUCAUCACGGGACUGACAACAAAGAAAUUUGGGCAGAUUAUAUUAAUUUUGAAAUUGAGAAUGGGAAUGCUCCAAAUUCAGCAGUUGUAUAUAGAAGAGCUGUGGGCAUGCUCAAGAAAGAUAUUGUUGAUGAGUUUAUUAGAGAUCAAACUUUAUCAAAAAUAAAAUGAUAUUAAAAUAA